AUGGCGUGCCUGAAAUCGCACUCAUGGGGGCUUGGUCGAGGGGACACUUAUUUCCGAGAGAACAGCUGGGUCCCUGGGCACCCAGGCAGUGGUGCCUGGACCCUGCGCACCAGCGGGAAAGCCUACCUGGAGAACAAGGGGUCCGUGGAAAUCAUGAAAAAAGACUUGAACGAUGCCCGGGACCUGCACGGCCAGGCAGAGUCAGCGGCUGCCGUGUGGAAGGGACACGUGAUGGACCGCAGGAAGAAGGCCCUGACUGACUACAAGAAGCUGCGGGCCUUCUUCGCUGAGGAGGAGGAGCACUUCCUGCGGGAGGCUGAGAAAGAGGAGGGCGUACAGGAGGACGAGCUGGCGGACCCGGCCGAGCGGUUCCGGUCCCUGCUGCAGGCCGUGUCGGAGCUGGAGAGGAAGCACCGCAACCUGGGCCUGAGCAUGCUGCUGCAGUGAUGGCGCGGACCCCGCAGGGUCCCCCUGGAGCCCGAGGCAGAGGGGACAGAUCCGCCUCCGAGGGACCCGGCAGCUGUAGAGGCGGAGAAGCAUCUCCGGGCCUCCGCCUGCGGCUGUUCCGGAUCGUUCCGGAUCGUCCGUGUUUCCACACUGUCCCUUCCCUUCUCCCUGAGGCGCGAGUGUUUUCGGGGCUGUAGACAUCCCCUAGCGGCUGGUCACUCCCCCGCCUGCACCCGGCCCUCCCCGGGCCCUGGUCAGGGCUCACUCCUCCAUCAGAGACUCACCCGGCGCCUGGGGCCCACACUUUCCUCCCGUCACCCAGCGGCCUCAGUGCCUGUGCAUGGGGACGUCACUUUGGCACCAAGGGACCCAGACCCCACACCUUCCAGAGUGUAGAGCGUGCCUGGCUUUGGGGUUAGGGUCUGGGGGACGGAGCACAGGAAGAGUCCUGGGUGCGCUUGGAACCCAGCCCCUCGGGGACGGGAAAGCAAGUGCGCACUCGAUGCCCGAGAGGGGCCCUCCUGCCCUUGCGGUGGGGUGGGCCCAGGGUGCCUCGUCCCGGUGGCCCUGUCCACCUCCCUCCUCCCCGUCGCCCCUCCUGGCCCAUGUGGCCACCCAGGAACCCUCCCUACGCUUGGUCCCCCUCUCUUGCAGGGUCCCUUUCCUGGCUCCCCUCCAGGGGCCCCGGGCCCUGCCGUGGCAUUUCAUCUCGCUGUAUCUUUGGCUUGUUCUUCAUGUUUUCUCUGGUAGGUGAAUCUCUCGAAACUCAUGACGUAGCAGUAGCGCAGCUGCCCGCGGCAUCCUCGUGUGUAGAGUAACGAGUCCAGUUCGCAAAGCUCAGCGCAGGGUAGGCAGCGUGGCCAGGUCGGGAACAUGGAUGCAGACAGACAUGCAGACUUGGGGGCUUUGGGCGGUAACCAGGCCAUGGGGGUCGGGGCCCAUUUCCCAGCCCUCAGAAGCCCCCAGCCUUGGCGUGAUGGCUGGGAGUCUGAGCUGCCCGGCUCGUGGGCCGGGCUCCCGAUGCCAAAUAAAGUGGGUUUGCUCCAGGC